CACAAUUUUUAUUCUCAGUUUGCUAUUUUAUGAUUAUGAAAUAAAUUGUAAUAAUAGUACAGCGUGAACUGUAAAGGAUAAUAACAGAAAAAAUAUGGCCCUGUCGUUUUUUCGUACACAUAUAAUAAGCAGACACGCUAGAAAACAGUUUUAUCAAAAUAAAAGGAAUUCGGGAUAUGUCGUACUUAUCCCAGAGAUCGGAGAAGAUGCAGAUAAAAAUACUCUCCUGUCAGAGAACGGUUUACCAGAGUUCAAUGAAAUGUCAAUAGAAAAAUGUAUUGCAACAAUUAGCAAACAAAGUCUAGAAUAUGAAAAUGGAGUCCGACAAAUUGAAUAUUCAGCACCAAAUUGCAAGAAUGCAUUUGUUGAAAUCUUCCAGCCUUUAGAAAAGCUCGACACUCUUUUAGAAUUAACUUGGGGAAUGGCAAAGACUCUGUACCUGGGUAAUAGCUCUCUCAUGCCAACCAAAUCUUACAUACAGAUACAUGAACGAGCACACAACGCAAGAUCAACUAAGUUUACGAGCAUACCAAUCUUCCAAGCGGCCGUCAAUGAAAAGAACCGCCUUAAAAAACUCACAGAUGAAGAACAGAGAUUAUUGGAUAAAUACAUACUUGAAGGGAAACUUAAUGGCUUGGAUAUCAAAGGUACAAAGAGGGAAAGGUUGAACAAUAUUCUGACAUCUUUACAGAAGGAGAGGCAGAUAUUUCGUGAAAAAGUUAACACUGCAAACAAGUUGUUCACAACUGAUAUUAGAAAUGCAGAGCUUAUUAGACAGUUCCCGGAAAGCUUGGUUAAAGCUAUGACAGUUGGCAAUGAUCCUGAAAGAGGUCCCUGGAAGAUGACCCUACAAUCCCAUAUUUAUGAGCCAUUCAUGCAGUAUUGCCCAGAUCGGAACCUACGCUGGAAUGCCUGGCAAGCUCAUGUUCAGAGAUGCUCCAAUUAUGUGAGUAAGGAAAUCGAAACUGCAACCAAUUUAGACAAUAUCAGAAGUUACAGAAUGGAGCAAGCAAAUAUAUUAGGCUAUGAAACAUAUGCUGAUAUGAGCAUGGAAACAAAGAUGGCUGGUUCUGUUGACAAUGUCAAUUAUAUACUAGAUAGUUUACUCGACAGUGCUCGAUCUAUGCAAGAUGCUGAAAUAGAGCUACUACAGCGCUACGCGAAAGAAAGAGGCUUUGAUUCGAAACUUGAAUGGUGGGAUAUUCCAUACUGGCAACGGAAACAAAAAUGGUCCCUUUAUGGCUUCGAUGAAGAGAAGAUAAGAGAAUAUUUCCCACUACCACGAGUUAUAACGAGCCUAUUCAAUUUAUGUAGUACACUGUUCAAAAUCGAAAUUGUUGAAAGAACGGGUCAGGUCCAUACGUGGCACAAGGAUGUUAAGUUUUAUGAUAUUUAUGAUGAUUCAAGUAAUACACCAAUAGCUGGGUUUUAUCUGGAUCCUUACGCACGGCAGGACCAAAAGAUUCGCGUCUAUGACGAUGCAGGCUGGCACAUUUCAAUACGUAACAAAUGUACAUCAAUGUCAACACUGCCUCUGUCUGCACUGAUCUUCAAUUUCCAAGCACCCGCUGAAGGAAAACCGUCCUUAUUGUCUUUCAAUGAAGUUGGAGUGCUGUUCCAAAGAUUUGGUCAUUCAUUAAGGCAUUUACUCACAAAGGCAAAUUAUUCUGAAGUAGCCGGAUUGUCUAAUGUCGAGUGGGAUGCGGCCGAAGUCUGCGGGCAGGUUAUGUCACAUUGGCUUUAUGAUCCGCAUACGAUCAGAGCUGUCAGUGGUCAUUAUAAUACAGACGAACCUCUCCCCGAAGACAUAGUGAAAAAUCUUCAAAACAUCCGGAGUCACAUGGCCGGUUUCAAUCUAUCCAGGGAACUGUACUUCUCGAAACUCGACAUAGAAUUGCAUUCACGGAAGGACUUCUGGAGGGACAUAGUCCGAGAGCUGUGGCCGAAAUACAACGCGUUGCCGUUCGACAAAUACGAUUCCCAUCCGUUAUCGUUCACGAAGAUAUUCAGCGAAGAGUGGGCGGCCGCGUACUACUGCCGAUUGUGGUCGAAAAUGAUCGCCGCCGAUAUUUACAGUGCCUUUGAAGAGGCUAGGAAGGCCGACCAGGACGUUUUGGCUGUCGGCAAACGGUACAAGGACACAUUUUUGGCUGUCGGCGGGAGCUGUCAUCCCAGCGAAGUGUUCAGGAGGUUCCGCGGACGAGAUCCCUCGCCGCACGCACUACUUAAAAACCUUGGCUUACCCAAAACGAAAGUAUUAGAGGAAUAAAACGAAAGAGCAUUUAAAAUUAGAAAUGUAAUUGUAUUGUAAACUUUAUUCCUAGUAAUUAAUAAUUAUACUACGGUUUUUUUUGCAAAAAA